GCUAAGUUCCUUACCAUUUCAUGCAAACUUUCUUUUCUUCUGGUUUUAAUCAGGUAAACUAUUAACACUUUUCACAGAAUUUGCAUUGGUGAAACAAAAUCAAUCAUCCAUGGCGUGGUUGCUUCUGUGUUUGCAUCUUUUAUUCUUCCAUUUUCCAUCCUUCACUUCUUCUUUCAAUUUCUUAUGCCAUCAUGAUGAGAGCUCUGCUUUGCUUCAGUUCAAGUCCUCUUUCACCAUAGGAAUUGAUUAUUAUCCUUGUGAUGAACUUCGUCUUCUGAAAACAACAACAUGGAAAAAUGGGACUGAUUGCUGUUCGUGGCAUGGUGUCACCUGUGACGCCAUCUCUGGUUAUGUGAUAGGUCUCAACCUUGGCUGUGAAAGCAUUGAAGGUAAUAUUCAUUCUAACAGUACCCUUUACAAUCUUUCUCAUCUUCAAACACUCAACCUUUCUUACAUUGAUUUCUCCAACACUCAUUUUCCUUCUAAGUUUGGUGAGUUUCCGAGUCUUACCCAUCUUGACUUGUCUAAUAGUGACUUAUACGGAGAAAUUCCAACUAAAAUAUCACAUCUUUCCAAAUUAGAAUCACUCCAUCUAUCUGGGAAUGGGUUAGUUUGGGAAGAAACCACCUUAAAAAGGCUUGUGCAAAAUGCAACAAAUUUGAGGGAGAUUUUUUUGGAUGAAACAGAUAUGUCUUCAAUCAAUCCAAAUUUGUUGAAUUUGAUCUUCAAUCAAUCUUCUUUGAUUAGUCUUAGUCUUAAAAACACAGGAUUAAGUGGAAAUUGGAAAAAGAGCAUUCUUUGUUUAACAAGUAUUCAAGAGCUAGAUAUGUCACAAAAUUACAACCUUGAAGGUCAACUUCCAAAUUUGAGUUGUAGCACUUCACUUAGAAUCUUGGAUCUUUCGAAUUGUCUAUUCGAAGGGCCAAUUCCCCUUUCUUUCUCUAACCUCACAUAUCUUACUUCCUUAAGUCUCAUAGCGAACAAUCUUAACGGUUCAAUCCCAACUUCACUUUUUACCCUUCCACAUCUAACUUUUUUAUCCCUCAAAGAUAAUUUGUUCAUAAGUGGUCAAAUCCCAAACAUAUUUCCCAAAUCAAAUAGAUUUCAAGAAUUAGAUUUGAGUGAUAACAGAAUUGGAGGCGAGUUGCCAACAUCACUUUCAAACCUUCAACAUCUUAUUAGUUUAGACCUUUCAUCUAAUUCGUUUAGUGGUCAGAUUCCAGAUGUGUUUGACGGGCUAACCAAAUUACAAGAACUCCGUCUAGGUUAUAAUAGAUUAGAAGGCCAAAUUCCACCUUCAUUGUUUAGCUUGUCUCAACUUAGUUACUUAGAUUGUUCUUAUAAUAAAUUGAAGAGUCCUCUACCCGACGAAAUAUCAGGGUUCCAAAACUUAGGUUAUUUAUUUUUGAAUAACAACUUACUAAAUGGAAAAUUUCCUUCAUGGUGUUUAUCUUUACCAUCUUUGGGAAUGCUGGAUUUAUCAAAUAAUCAAUUUACAGGAAAUAUAGGUGUCAUUUCAUCAUAUUCUUUGUAUUAUCUAAAACUAUGCAGCAACAAGCUACAAGGAAAUAUUCCAGAAUCAAUUUUCAACCUUGAAAACCUAACUAAACUAUGUCUAUCAUCAAACAACUUCAGUGGUGUUGUCAAUUUUCAACACUUUUCCAAACUUCAAAAUUUGUAUUAUCUAUCCCUUUCACAUAAUAGCCAAUUAUCACUAACCUUUGAAUCUAAUGUACACUACAAUUUUUCUCAGCUAAGGCAAUUGUAUUUGUCUUCUGUCAAUUUGACAGAAUUUCCCGAAUUAUCAGAAAAACUGCCAAGUUUGGAUUCUCUUGAUUUGUCAAAUAACAAGCUUAAUGGAAGGGUUCCCAAUUGGUUGCUUGAAACAUCAAUAUCUUUGAACCUCUCUCAAAACUGUUUCACUUCAAUAGACCGAAUCUCAAGCAAUAUUGACCAGCUCCAUGGCCUUGAUCUUAGUUUUAACUUACUAGAAGGUGACAUCACUUUGUCAAUUUGCAAUUUGAGUUCACUUCAAAUGCUCAACUUGGCACACAACAAAUUGACUGGUAUCAUUCCACAAUGUCUUGCUAAUUUAUCAUCCCUUCAAGUUUUGGACCUACAAAUGAAUAGAUUUUAUGGCUCUUUAUCAAGUAACUUUUCAAAGUCUUGUGAGCUUGAAACUUUGAAUCUCAAUGGCAACCAAUUAGAAGGCUAUUUUCCUAAAUCUUUGUCCCACUGCACAAAACUGCAAGUUUUAAAUCUUCGCGACAACAAAUUAGUAGACAAGUUUCCUGACUGGCUUCAAACUCUUCAAUAUUUGAAAGUGCUGGUUUUGCGAGACAAUAAGUUGCACGGUCCCAUUGACAAUAAGUGCUGGCUUCAAAGUCUUCAGUUUCCCAGUUUAAUUAUUUUUGAUAUUUCGGGCAAUAACUUUAGUGGUCCACUUCCAAAAGCCUAUUUAAAGUGUUUUGAAGCCAUGAAGAAAGUUUCACAAGUUAACAAUGAUGGUAGUUUGUCAUAUAUGGAAACAACAUUGGGUUAUCAAGUUGACAAUUUUGACAAUACUACAGGUAACGCGAGUUACUAUGAUACUGUGAUUGUGACGACAAAGGGGGUCAAAAUGACACUGGUGAAAAUUCCAACAAUUUUUGUAAGUAUUGAUUUGUCAAGAAACAAAUUUGAAGGAGAGAUUCCAGAUGUUAUUGGAGAGCUUGACGCACUCAAAGGACUUAACCUUUCUCAUAACAGACUCACCGGUCAUAUUCCGCAAUCCGUAGGAAAAUUGACAAACUUAGAAUCGUUAGAUCUCUCAUCAAAUAUGCUCACUGGUGUGGUUCCUGCAGAAUUAUCCAAUCUGAUCAGCCUUGAAGUCAUAAAUUUUUCCAAUAACCGUCUAGUGGGAGAAAUACCUCAAGGACAACAGUUCGAUACAUUUUCAAAUGAUUCAUAUGAAGGAAACCUGGGGUUAUGUGGAUUUCCCUUGUCAAAGAAAUGUGGACCUGAAGAACCUUCCCCACCUUCAGCCAACAAGUUUUGGAGUAAAGAGAAAUUUGGAUUUGGAUGGAAACCAGUGGCUAUUGGAUAUGGAUGUGGGUUUGUGAUUGGAAUAGGCAUCGGCUAUUUUGUGUUGUUAAUCGGAAAGCCUAGAUGGCUUGUGAUGAUGUUUGGAGGUCAGCCUAAGCAAAGAGGGAACAGGAGGAGGACUAGAGUGAGGAGGACUAAUGGUUCAAGCAUGAACCAGAUGGUGCCAAUGUCCUAGUUUUAUUGUUGUGCUUAGUUUCUCUACUGUGUUAGAUUUUACCUACUCUUAUUUGAUCUAGUUAGUUUUAAUUCAGGUUGUAAGUUUGUCUAGUGAAUGUAUUGUGCUACAACACUAGUUGUAUGAAGCCAAUGAUGCAUAAUAGUUCUGCUGUCCUUGUUGUACUAGUUUUGCAUUUACAUCAAACUUUCGCUCUUACCAUUAUUUAUGUAUUCUUGAUUUUCUGGGAUUGCCUCACACAUGAAUUAUCAUUUACAUGUUCAGUACUUAGCAGCAUUGACGCGCCUUAGUUGCUGGAUGAUAUAACAAAAAUAUUAUUGUUUCAAAACAAUAAC